CCGUUCGGACUCUGGUGCUUCAGUCCCCCGCGCCAGCCGCGCGAUGGGCUCGGAGGCAGCUCAGCUGCUGGAGGCUGCUGACUUCGCCGCUCACAAACACCGACAGCAGCGACGGAAAGAUCCUGAAGAGACUCCCUACAUCAAUCACCCCAUCGGUGUAGCCCGCAUCCUAACCCAUGAGGCUGGAAUCACCGAUAUUGUGGUGUUACAGGCCGCCCUGCUCCAUGACACAGUAGAAGACACAGAUACUACCCUGGAUGAGGUAGAGCUGCACUUUGGAGCACAGGUUCGACGCUUGGUGGAGGAGGUGACAGAUGACAAGACUCUGCCCAAACUGGAACGAAAGCGACAGCAGGUGGAGCAGGCACCCCACAGCAGCCCGGGGGCCAAGCUGGUGAGGCUGGCAGACAAGCUAUACAAUCUGAGGGACCUGAAUCGCUGCACCCCUAGAGGAUGGUCAGAACAUCGAGUCCAGGAGUACUUCGAGUGGGCAGCACAGGUGGUUAAAGGGCUUCAGGGAACGAACCAGCGACUGGAAGAGGCGCUCAAACAGCUGUUUGAGGAGCGGGGGCUGACUCUCUGAGCGUCCUCCGUGCAGUCCUGUGGCGCGGCUCCAGCAGGGCCCGGGAAAGAUGGGCUUCCUAGCGCAGCAUUUCCGAGCCUCCUCACUCUCACAUUCCCUCAUUCAACCCCGACAUCACAGGCUAAAAACGUCUGCGUUGUUUCCCUCAGCUGAGCUCCAAAUAGGGAAAGCAGAUUUGCCCAUCCAUCCGUGCACUAACAGCCUUUCCUUAAGUCUUGGGUCUGUUUGCUGUUUUGUAUGGUGGGACCUCUGGCCCCUCGGGGACCUAAGAUUGGAUAAGUGUUGGUUUAUAAGUCGUGGAAAAUAAAGCACAUAGGGGAAAGGCUUAAACUGCUCUUCUCCCUUCCCUGGUCUCCCGAA